AGCAUCCUACCUCUCUCAGUCUCAGAGAGACUCAAGGGAAGUAUAUCAGCUCAGACACAUUCAGACUGCACUUCCCUCAUCUUCCCUCUCUCCUUAUCCAUCCAUUCAUCCCUCUCCUGUUUAAUUCACAUAAUCGCUUUCUCUUUUCCCUUCUCAUUGCCCUCUGGACUGUCAAUCUCUUCUCUUUCCAUCUCUUAGAUUCACUUUGGUCAAUUUUAAAGCAUGGGCUGUGGGAAUUCCACCGCUGGCACUGGCAGCACAGCUGCAGGUCCAUCUGAGUCAGCCAAAGAUGUGCAGCAAGACGAUUCGUCUGUCGACGAAGAGAAGAGGAUGAACUAUGGUGGAGUGUAUGUGGGCUUACCUGCAGACCUCAGCAACGUGGCCAUCGGCCAGACACCCUCCACACACAAAGAAUAAUGCUAUUGAGAGCUGAACGCACAGAAAUAAAGGGCUGUGUCCGGAGGGAUUCUUGGCUGAAAAGUGCUGUGUAAUAAUCCCAACAGGACGCAAUCUUCAUCAUUGUUGAUUGCUUCGUUGGGACACAACAGAAUCCCCUGAGGGCCAAUCAUCUAAUUGAACGCUCUGGAAACUGAACUAGAAUUAGUUCUGCUGACAAGGUCAGAGGUCAGAGACAAAUCAGAGUUUGUUUGCAUCACUCAGCAAAUUUAAGGGCAACUUCUUGUUUCUCAGGACAACGACACACAAAUGACAAUCACAAAGCAAUGGAGAUUCUGUAAAUGUGUCUUUGAGCUUAAACCUUUUCCCUCACAAUGUUGCUCACGUUUACUAAGGGGGUUUCACAAGGGUCAAGGGGUUUCCAAGUGGGAAUUGAGGCACUUUUUAUGCCCUUUCAACAAGAUCCACAUCCUCUCAGACACGCAUCUCAAGUCAUAACAGCAAAUCAUGUAGAAGAAAGAACUGAUUUAGUGAGUGUCAUGUUUGCAAAAUGAGGUACAGUACACGAAGUGCCUUUUGAAGGAGCUUGUUUCUGUGUUAAUGGUCUGUGAGGUAAAGGCUCUUAUUGCUUCUUCAAGCCCUUUACUGUCAUCCUGAGGUGAAAUCAAGAGUUACGUAUUUGUGAUUGGUUUUAAGGUCCCUCCAUUCAGGUAACCCAAUUAGAGUAACCCAGUAAAAGCCUCUGAAGAACAAGUUUAUAUGUGCUAGCAGCGCCUGACCUGAGAGAACUCUGAGGACCGUGAAAGUAGGCUAGCGAUCGCACUUAGGUCAGCUGGAACACACACUUCUGUGACAUGGGGGAAAUGAGUUGAGAGAGUGGAAGAAAGUGAGAGAGCGCGUGAGCCAGACCGUUUGACAGCGGGUUCUGAAUGAAAGGCCGGUUCUUGAGUGAUGGAGGGAUGUCAGACGACACUGUGACGCGGGUUCUAGUUGAACUCUCAUUUUCUUUCACCUAACGCCGGGAACUCGCUGCACGAGUCGUUGGAUCGCUGUUAAUCGCACACUACACGACUGUCUGGGGUACCAUUUAGCUGUAAGUGCAAUAUACUGUCCUUGUCCAGAAAGGAAAUAAAGACAUCAUCAAAGUCGUCCACGUGACACCAGUGGGUUAGUUAUCGAAAAUACAUUUUGGUAAAAAAAAAAAAAAAAAAAAAACUGCGACUUUAUUAAGUCUCUUAAUUGUAAUUUCGACAGUUAAUGCUCGAACAGGAAGUUUCUGAAUGGUUGGUUAACAUUUGAUCUAUCUUUGUGUACUGGCAGGGUAGAGUAACUUAGUGAGAUGUACGAACGCUAUGUGCUUACUGAUGUAUACGUCGUCCUCAGUUUGUAAUAACACAAUAACCAUAGUGCGUUGUUCAUUAUAGACAUGGAAUUAUUAAUUAUGUUGAGAACGUCGUAUAGAAAACACGCUGUAAUGUACCCUGAGUUUAAACCUUAGCCGCAUUCAACGUGAAACGUGCAAGCGAUUUGCAAAGAUUUAUAUAAAAUAUACAAUUUCAGGGCCUGUUCACAUUUCACGUCUUUUGCGUGCUCAAGUUCGUUCUUUCAAAUGUACAGUGGGAUGUUCAUAAUGGAAGCGACACGGUCGCGGUGUGACGCGCUCGUUUUUUCCAAGCGCGCAUCGAGAUAAAAACAUCUUAACUUCUGAGAAUACGGCAAGCGCACCAUAAGCGCACAGUGGGUCACGUGACAAGAACCAACCGGAGCGCCACCGCCCUUAAAAAACGGAGAAUGCGGCGCACCCAGCGUUUUCUACGCGUUUUUAGGCGCUACAUGUGAAUCUGGCCUUACACUCACUUCUUCUGCCCUGAAUAGUUGGUACCGAUUCUUUUUUUCAGGAGCAGCUUCUUGGCAAAACCAGCUUUAUACUGAUCCUCGUUCAUAAAGCAGUCUGGUGAGAAAAG